AUGAACGGAGCUACGCAGACGUUCCGGAGACCAUCUGUUGCUACCAAUCCUUCCCAUAAUCGAGAGAAUGCGCAACAGGCCCAGUCAAACACCUCCAAUUCUUCCAGUGCUGCCUAUAUCCCACCCCACCUCAGCUCCAAUUACCCGUCGGCGCGUAGUGGAAACGAUAAUACCUAUUCCAAGGAACAGCUUUUGAAUCUUUAUAAGAACCACCGAGGGUCGAAGGACUGGGGGAAAUCAAUCACUGGUUAUUUCAUGGGCGACUGGGACCCCCGCAGUGAACGCCCAUCCACAAACGGAAGUUGGGGCAAGCAAGAUGACUCCAAAGAUAAUACUACUGCAAAUCCGGAGGUCUGCUGGGACCAUAAGGGCCAAAGUGAACCUCUAGGCCUAUUGGAUAUGAAUGAUGAGGAGAAAGAAUUGUUUUCCACCUCUGUCAACUCGCCUCUCAAACCCCCACCGCAAAAUUCCAACAAGGACGGCUCUUCAUCUGUCGGAACGAUUGGUCGCAAGUCGUCCAUCUCUCAUGGCCACAUGAAUUCCUUCAAUUCUACUUCUCCAGCUUCCGCCCGGAAUGUGCCUCGCAGGCGGGGGACGGGAGAUUCUGGAAAUCCAAUGUCACCCACCAACUCCCGCUUUUUCCGUGACGAACCAAACACCGCGACCCCGCCUCCAGCUAUUCUGCGUCGAAAGACCGAUAUCAAGGACUCUUCAGGCGACUCGAAGUGGGAGGAUAAGGACAAGAGUUUUGCGGAACGAGACUCUUCAUUCGACAUCAGCUCCCCGUUUGGGUCUCUCAAACGUAGCACUACCAACCCAGUCGGCGCCGUUGGAUCCAACUCUCCGUGGUCGUCUAACCAGGGGUCUGCCUUUGGUUCCAUGGGAGUAGGGGCAUUUGGUAAUUUUGCUCUUGGCAAUGUUGGUUCCCAAGGCGGCACAGACAAGAAACCAGGCUUUGGGAGCGUACGCAGCGAAAGCCGGUUCAAAAACCUGCUUUCCAAGUCAAGCUCUGAAGAUAUCGCUAGUAGUGGUAACAACAAGGACAAAUCGUCGUCUGGUACCGGUCUUGAUCGCCUACCCGAAGCCGAGGACGACGCUCCCCGAGAUUCUGCUGAAGAAGCUCUCAGGAACCGCCCUUCUCGCAGCGAGACUAACCCCUUUGAUGAACGCCGCAGCGGUAGCGCGGCCCUAGGAGGUCAGGAGAUAGGAGGCAUCGACCAAUUCGGGCUCUCCUCGUUUGGGAUGCCGGGCGGCACAUCCGCUCUUCGUGAUCUAGUUGCGUCAUCUCAACCCCCCAGCCAUGCGCAUCAUGAACCCAUGAGCCCAACGCAUACUAACCCUUAUCAGAGUCCGCGUGGCGAUCGAACUGCCGAUAAUGGUGUUGUUGGCACUGGAGAUGCCGAUAAUGAAGGCUCUGAUAUCCAGCAACACGCGCGUCUUCCAAACAUUGGCGACCUGCGCGAUGACUCUGCUCAUGGCUCCUUUGGAUCCAUGUCGCGGUCCGGAAUGAUUUCUGACAUUCCUGCUGCCGACCGCAGUCAGACUUCAAGUGUAGGUGCUAAUAGGGGCUUCCCGGGACUUGGAGGACUGGGAGGGCUCGGUUCACUAGGUAACUCCGGCGGAUGGCCUACCACGAGCGCCACUGGCACGCCAACGCGAGAAAGAACUGCCUUCGGCUUUGGUGACCCGAUAUUCGGCCCCAUGUCUGAGCUGCAAUCUCCAAGUAACUCUGCUCUCGGAGGAGGGGGCCUCUUUGGCUCUCAAACUAGUCUCUCAAACAUGGGUGGUGGCCCCCGUCCUAGUAAACUGGGCUCUCUCUUCCCGCCUGCCAUGCAGGAGCAAAUGCGCAACGAACAGUCUCACUCCAAGGACGAGCCUGGCAAGCCGCAAGAUCCCUUCAUGUCUCUAGAGAAUCCAGUAAGCUUACCACAUCCAUCUACCACGACUUCGCAUACUCCUACAGUCACCGCCGGUGGAACUAUCACCAUUCCGCCCGGCCCAGGGUUACUAGAUAAUGGCAACGGUAACCAAUAUGGUGCGUCUGCCUCCAACCAGCUUCCACCAGCCCAGCAACGACAAAUGGUGAUGCCGGACCGUAUGCGCUGGAUCUAUCGGGAUCCCCAGGGUAACACUCAGGGACCGUGGUCUGGCCUUGAAAUGCACGACUGGUUCAAAGCUGGCUUCUUUACCGCAGAACUACAGGUUAAGAAGCUCGAGGAUGCAGAAUAUGAGCCUCUCGCCCAGCUUGUCCGACGUAUUGGCAACUCUCGCGAGCCGUUCCUUGUCCCUCAAAUUGGUGUACCGCAUGGUCCCCCAAUGAACCAGCCAGGACCAUGGGGGAACUCUUCACAGUCGCAGACUGGGGCAGUUCAGCCUCCGUUUGCCAACAGUUUCCCCAGCUUUGGUACCACUCUUACUGCUGAACAGCAAAAUGCAUUGGAACGCAGAAAGCAGGAAGAGCAGUACCUUAUGGCCAGACAAAAGGAACACCUUGCUCAGCAGCAAGCUCUUAUGAAGAUGCAGCAGAUCCAGGGCCCAGCUCACCCUAUCAACCCACAGCUUCAGCACCAUUCUAGUGCUCAUAGUCUUCAAAGCCAGCCCAGCUUUGGUAGCAUUACUUCUCCUGCAGCUUUUCAACCCACACCUAUGCAAGCUCCUAUCCAACCUCCCCACUCCGUUCCGGCUUUUUUCGAGGGGCCCAUGAGACAGAAUACCGGCCCUCCGGGGCCCCAAGGCGGCGCGCCGGAUUUCGGCACAGGACAGGAUGAAUUACCUGCCUUGCUAGAUAGAAUGAAUGUUAACAGGGGAGCUGGUCAGUUUGGUUACAACAACACCGGAGCUUUUCCUCCAACACCACAGGACCCUCAAGCUCAGGCACAUAAUCAGGCUGUUACCACCAUGCUACAGGACCGCAGCCGAUUGCAGCAGGAACAAGAGAACUUCAAUAAGGCCCAUCCAGAGUCCAUUUUUGACCAGCAGGCUAGAGAGGAGCGUGUUCGUCAGUUUCAUGCAUUGAGAAUUGCCGAUGAGGACAUUCCUGUUCGCCGUUCUGAGGAGCCAGCCAAUCAUCGAGAGCCCAGCCAAGAACAACAGAGGCCACUACAGGAACGAUCCCCAGCUUCCAAAGAUCAGACUCCUUUCCAGCAAAAUAACGAACAGGAGCUCACCCUUACCCAGCAAGUGCAAAAUGCUGCAUCGGCACAGAGACUUCAACAGCAGCAACAGCAACAGUUAGCUUCAUCUGAAGUUGAAUCUCCAUGGACAAAGGUUGAUACUGGACUCCCACAGCCAUUCCCACCUCCACCUUCACAGUCUCCGCUCCCAGCUCCAGCUGCCCAGCGCAACCGUCAGCACGUAGCAGAUAACCUUGCGGCUGAAACACGUUCGCAGACCCAGACACCAAAUGAAGUGCAUGCCACCUCCAUCGCACCGUGGGCUAAGGAGCACACUGAACCAUCCAAGGGUCCAUCUCUUCGUGAGAUCCAGGAGGCUGAAGCCCGCAAGGUUGCAAGGCUCGAAGAACUUGCCGUCUCUGCCCGUCGUGCGCUGGCUGAACAGGAACGCGCCAACCCACCACCAGCCCCUGCUCCAGGUCUUCCAUCAACUGCCAACUGGGCUCGUAGUGGAAAUGCCAAUUCCUCUGCAGAUACAUCCGCCUGGUCUAAGCCAGCUGGCGGUAAGAAUGCAGGAGUACCCGCCAAUACUGCACCAAAGAAGACCCUAGCCCAGAUCCAGAAGGAAGAAGAGGCCCGUAAGCAGCGUGCUGCAGCCGCUGCCGCCGCUGCGUCCGCUGCGAACUCUCUCGGAACCCCAGCUGGAAAACGUUAUGCAGAGCUUGCAAGCAAGAUGACUGCCCAGCAACCUACCGCAGCUGCCCCUAGCGGCGCCUGGACUACAGUAGGAGCUAGCGGAAAGGCUAAAGCAGCUCCCGUUUCUACUGCUGUUAACGCCCGUAACGUUCCCGGUCUUACUCCCAGCCCGACCCCUGCAACCAAGCCUAAGACUAUCAUGACCCGAAAUGUCAGCAUGGGCAAUUCUGCUGCAACUACAGCCAACCGUCCUACCGAAGAGCUGGCUAAAUGGGCCAAGAAUGCUCUCGAGAAGGGCUUGAACAGCUCUAUCAAUGUCGACGACUUUGUACAACAGCUUCUUUUCUUGCCUGCAGAGUCGGAAAUCAUCUCGGAUUCCGUGUAUGCCAAUUCGCAGACUCUUGACGGACGCCGAUUUGCCGAAGAGUUCAUCAGACGCCGCAAGCUGGCUGACAAGGGUAUCAUCGAUACCGCUUCUUCCGGAGCCUUCGGAUCGCCUGCCGAAUCAAAGAAUUCAUCAGACGGCUGGAACGAAGUCGCCAAGAAGGGAAAUGCAGCUGCAAGCCGCGAGGAUCAGGCGACCAGCAAUGCAUCCUUUAAGGUCGUAUCCAAGAAGAAGGGCAAGCGAUGA